CACUUUUUGUUUUAUUUAUAAAAUACUUACUUAGUCAUAUGUUUGUGGUGAGAGAAGCUAUAAACACGCUCAAUUCCUUUUGUUCUCUAUUCUACUGUUUAGUUCUCAUUUGCCGGCGAAAAAGUGUAGAAGGAUUUUGAAAAUUAUUGGACGGUCUUAAACUGAUUUGUUUGAAAACGACGAAAAGAUUAAAAAGACUGAAUUUUCGUGAGAAUAUUAAUUAUAGUACAAUGGAGAGAAAACCAAAGCCCAAGCCAAAGUAUGUAGUGGACUUUAAUAAAAAAUUGAAAUUUUUUUACGUAAAAACAAUACAUUUUGUGGAUGAACAGGAAGUAGAUAUUGAUGAUCCAAAAGAUUUCAUCCCAGUUAAUAGUUAUUUCAACUUCAAUGAGGAUCGUAUAGAGUUUAUGCUGAAAAUUCAUUAUGCAAAAAUUAAGCACUUAAAAGUUGGAAAGAAGACUGUUGGUUACAAAUUGGGCAAUCUAAAUCCAGUGUCAAUUCCUAUAAAGUUAAGUGAAAGAAAGAACGCUAGUGGAAAUGAAAUGUGCACCAUUAAUAUACAUGCUAACUUUAAGGAUCGCUUGCUUCAUUUAUUCGAGUAUUGUCCAAAAGAAUUUAUACUGACUAUUUUUUACACAACUGAGGAUGGCAAGAAGUAUGCAUCAUCAUUCUCUGUAUCGUUGCCGAAAAUUGAUGAUCAACAUGACUGGGAUCCCAAGAAGAGAUUCAUUCCUGUCUUUAAUCCUGAAGAUAUUGGUGGAUUUGAACUGAAAAAGAUUUUUGAGAAGCAAUUUAAUCCUUACUUCCUCAAAACACAAGAGGAACUGGCACUAGUAAAUGCUCUAAUGGACUAUAAGGAAGCUCAUUUUGAUGAUCGUUUUGAAAAUUAUGAUUUUCUUGCCAUGUUUCAAUAUAUGGUCGCAAUCGAAGAUUUAGAUAGUUCCAAAGAAAUGAAAGAUUACAGCUUGGAUUUUGCAAGUGUCUACAAGUACAAUGUAUGUCCAUUGAUGCUGCAACAGACUAUAAAGCAGCAUUUACGUCAUUUGAUGUGCGAUGAAAAGUUAAGGGAUUAUGUUAGUAAUAUUUAUAUUAUUCAGGCUAGAAAGAAGCUGCCUGUCGAUGUCAUGGAGUUUGAUUUCGUCUAUAUUUUUGAUCAGAGCGACUACCAACAAUAUCAUGAUGAUCUCGAAGAGCUUGCAUUUCAACGUAAAGUUGGAAAAAUUAUCCAUAUUUUUGGAGAUGUCAUUUUGUUUUUACUUCCACGUAAAAAGGGGAAAAGGCAGCAUUCUAUGCUUGAACAUGACCGUCCAUAUCAUAUCGAAUUCGUUCCUAACAGAGUAUCGAUUCGCAUAGCUCAACGCGCAUUGGAGGAUAUGAAGAAAAUGGAAAUGCAUUCUUAUUUACAAAAUUUCGAAUAUGUCGGCAUGAAAAUAACUUCUGAGACAUAUUAUGAGGAUUUCGAAUGGUUUAAUAAUGAACUUACUGAUAAUAAGGAACAACAGAUUGCUGUCGAGAAUAUCGUUAAUUGUACAAGCUUUCCAUCACCAUAUGUUAUUUUUGGAGGUCCAGGAACCGGAAAAAGUUCAACUGUUGUCGAAGCUAUUGCUCAAGUUGUAAAAUUAAAGCCUAGAAGUCAUAUUCUUGUUGCUGCAAGUUCAAAUUCUACUUGUGAUGAUAUUGGCAAUCGAUUAUUAAAGUAUAUUUCCAUCAACAAGAUCCUCCGUUUAUAUUCGACUUCAUUUGAUCUAAAGCCUGAAAAGAUAGACAGCAUGUUACAGAAAGUAUCUAAUUUUCGUAAGCGCAAUAACUGUACAUGCCAUAAAAGAAGCUGUCCAGUACAAAAUGCCCAUGAUGAUCCGUCCUACGAAGAAUUUUUUACAGCCCGUGUCGUUAUUGUAACUUUAGUAACUGCUGGUCGAAUCACAAGCUCUGAAGUUAGUGCUGAACAUUUUGAUUAUAUUUUUAUUGAUGAGGCUGGAUGUGUCAGUGAGCCAGAAGCUUACAUUCCAUUAUCUGGCUUAGGGUUGUCAAAGAAAGGAGUUCAUGCUCAAAUUGUUUUAUCCGGCGAUCAUAAGCAACUUGGUCCAAUUGUUAAAAAUCCAUUUGCUAAGAAACUGGGAUUAGAGACAUCUCUUAUGGAACGUUUGAUGGACACAGAUUAUAAAUAUCAACGUUUUGAAAAUGAAUAUGACCAUGACUACGUCGUUCAAUUGAAACAAAACUACAGAAAUCAUCCAGCAAUUAUGCAUUUCUCGAACGAAAAUUUCUACGAUUCACAACUUGUUUCAGUCUGUUCUGAUGAAAUAAAGAAUUAUGCUCUUGAUCCUGAAUUAUUGCUGUUCAAUCCAAAAUUCCCAAUAAUAUUCCACACGACAAGAGCAUUUUCUGAAGAAGUAGGCACAAGCUUGAAGAAUGAAGGCGAAUUAACUGUCUUAUCUUAUUAUGUCCAAGUACUUUUAAAUAGAGGACUAGGAAAGAACAAAGUCACACAGAAUGACAUUGGAAUUAUCUCACCAUAUCGUGGACAGCGUGAUAGAAUGCUGGAAGUUUUUGGUGAUGCUUAUUCAAACAUUGAAAUUGGAACUGUCGACUCAUUUCAAGGUCGUGAAAAGAAAAUCAUCUUUGUUACUUGUGUUCGUUCAGGAACAAGUCAUGUUGGAUUUUUGAAAAAUGAAAAGCGCUUGAAUGUUGCUUUGACACGUGCACAGUCAUUAUUAGUAAUUAUUGGAAAUUCAACGACACUCCAAAAGUGUAGCAUUUGGAACAAAUUCAUUACCUAUUGUUAUGAAAAUAAAGCAACAGUUGGCGACGUUUUUUCAGUUAAUUUUUAAAUUGAGUAUCAAAUCAAUGGAAAAUAUUUUAGUCUUACGAUUCGUGUCUUUAUAAAUUUAAGGUCUUUGUAACGUUCUUUUGAGGUUUGAAUUUUGAACUGAUAAAGUUCAAUUUUAACAGGUUUCAGUAAUUUGGAAAAUUUGAACUUUGUAGGAACAAAAUUUGAAUCAUCAUUUGAAAAGUAUUAGAUUCUGUUGGAUGUUUAGCCUAUUUGAUGAUCGAUUCCAAUUAAACUUUUGUCUAAGACACACAAAGUGCCUCUAUGGAUUCAAGUAGGAAUCGACGGCAAACUCAUCAAUACAUCUAGACGAUAUUAGUUUAAGUAUUUUGAUUUUUCAAUAUUUUUUAGUGUUUUAGUCGUUAAUGCAUUGCAUUCUAUCGUAUAGAAGUGUCAAAUUAUGCCAAGAUGUUCAAAUUAUCCAUACAAAUAAAUUUUUGGUACUUCCUUUAUUUCUAAGAAUUGUGACAUUAAUUAAACUCAAGACCAUUUUCAAUAAAACAAUAUUAAUAUGUUAAGAAAAUCAAU